AGAGGAUCAAGACUUCCAUUCGCCAUUAAAAGAUACCUCUUCCAAAAAAUAAAAUAAAAAAUCAUUUCAUCUACACAGGACUUCUACAACGUACACAACAAAAGCUAAUAUCGAAACAGCGUUUUUAUAAAGCAAGAUAAAGCAAGGAGCUCUGCUCGUUACAAGAGUCAACUCCGGAGCUCAAUUCCGGGCGGACCGUUAUUCAAUUAGCGGCUGUCCCGAUAAAUAUUCCCCCCUUCCCACCCCUUCUUCUCCGACUUUGGUCCGGCAUACCUACCUAACUUAGAUACCUAAAGUAGCGAUGGGAAAAUUCGGGAGUAGAUCUAUUGCGUUCCGUCGAAAGACACCAUCAAUAAAAUACUCUCCUACCAAAUGUUGGAACGGGCCUUUCCGGUAUUUUGACCUUCCUCCCGAGCUGAGAGAUAACAUUCUCAGACUCAUCCUGCUCGACUGGGAUUCCACCAGUAAAGAUGCCGUUCAUCUUUUUCUCACGAGCAAGCGAAUAUAUGCGGAUGCCGCCUCGAUAUUCUACUAUGAAGUUCUGCUCGAUAAUAUGCACCUGAAAGGGACCGCCGAUCCCUUCUUGGCCGGCGCACUUACGGCAGUAACACCUCGGCUUCACGUGCGGAAUCUUAUCAUCAGGUUCCUAAUGAAAGAGCAGAUGUAUCUGUUCGGCGAGGUAUAUGGCACAGCCCUACGAGAAAUGGCCUCGAGAGGAAAGCUCCAGAGCCUGCGCCUCGAGAUCGGAAGUCGCUUCCCGUGCUACGAGUUCUGGGGGUUCGAAGACGAAUUGUUCACUUACGACGACGUCCGCGUGGUAGGCGGAAAGGGGAAAGGGACCGUGAUAAAAGCGCCUCUGUUCGUCACGAAAAAGCCGUUUCAGAAUUUUCUCAAAUUUCUCGAGGAAUCCGAGAUCCCCAAGAUCACGCUGUUCGUCGAUGCCGAGGAUCACUCCAAGUUCUGGUGCCUGUUCCAUCGCAGCCACCCGUCUGGUAAAAAGUGCGGCGGCGAGUGGAAAGGUAAUGCGAGAGUGCUGAAGAUUCAUUGGUCGAGCUUGGUCAGAGCUCUAAAGGGGACUGAAGCUGUGACGCCAGUACGGAAAGACUGUUAAUAUCUGAUACUGGUUCUAUUGUUGCUAGAAAUUGUCGAGUAUGGUAUGGGAAGUACCAUAGGGCCCGGUGCUAUUAUGUUUAACGAAGGUCUAGGUUAAGUAUUUCCUAGGUAAAAUACAUUAUGAUAUUACGAUGGAUCACACUAAAAAGCUAUGUUGAUACGGCUUAACAUACACCGCCGGAAAUGACAACUAUAAUGUCCAAUUUAAAGAUCUUGCGCGUCUUCGAUAAGAAAAGGGGAUAAACAUUUCCGUGGCGGUCAAGGAAUGCUAACUGAUACGUUAGUUAUUUACG